ACCCCCGCCGCCGCCGCCCCUUGCUGCAGAGUGUUUCGAUUCAGCCACACAGUCAUGGCUGCUUUAAGUAAGAUACCGCACAGCUGCUAUGAGGUCGGACAUACCUGGCACCCAUCGUGCGUACAAGCUGCCGCAGAUAUAACCAGGGGGGCUCUGGAGGUUUCCUUCAAAAUAUACGCCCCUCUUUACCUGAUAGCAGCAGUUCUACGGAGGAAGAAGAAGGAUUAUUAUUUAAAGAGACUUCUGCCUGAGAUUCUGUGGUCUACCUCUUUCCUAACUACCAAUGGAAGUCUCUUCAUUGUUUUCUUCUGCAUUCUCAGGAAAUUGUUUGGAGGGUUUUAUCCAUGGUCGUCUGGAUUUGGGGCAGCUUUGCCUGCCUCCUACAUUGCCAUUCUCCUGGAGCGUAAAAGCAGGAGAGGUCUGCUGACAAUAUACAUGGCAAAUCUAGCUAGUGAGACUUUGUUCCGCAUGGCAGUGACAAGAGGUUUAGUUAAACCCAUUAGACACGGAGAGGUGCUCCUGUUCUGCAUAACUGCAUCAAUCUUUAUGUUUCUCUUCAGGAGCAACGACGGCCUCAAAGGCUUUGCAUUUUCUGCUUUAAAAUUCAUCAUAGGGAAAGAGGAGAUCCCAACUCACUCUAACACAGCAGACCCUGUUAGCACUAGGCCCUCCGAGAGACCAGCGGCCAUAGAGACAGAGCCCUCACAGCUGCCAGUAGAAAGGCCCGACCAAAGGAAGAAAACUCUGAUAGCCUACACAAGGAAGCUGCUGGAAUCAAUAUGCAAAAAGGGUCCCAGACACAGAUGUUGUAAACAUUACCAGGAUAACUGCAUUUCCUAUUGUGUUAAGGGUUUUGUCAGGAUGUUCAGUAUUGGCUAUCUUAUCCAGUGUUGUCUCAAAGUGCCCUCAGCAUUCAGGCAGAUGUUCUCCAAACCAUCUCGUCUCCCUUCUGUCUUCUACAACAAAGAGAACUUCCAGCUGGGGGCCUUUCUAGGCUCUUUUGUCAGUAUUUAUAAGGGAACAAGUUGCUUGUUACGCUGGGUGCGUAACAUUGACGAUGAACUCCAUGCGCUGAUAGCUGGCUUCCUGGCUGGUGUUUCCAUGUUCUUCUACAAAAGUACAACUAUAACCAUGUAUCUCUUCUCUAAGCUGGUGGAGACCAUGUACUUCAAAGGCAUUGAAGCUGGCCGGUUCCCUUACUUUCCACACGCAGAUACGAUUAUUUACGCCGUUUCCACUGCUGUCUGUUUUCAUGCUGCGGUAAUGGAGGUGCAGAACCUCAGACCUUCAUACUGGAAGUUCCUCCUGCGUUUAACACAGGGCAGAUUUGCGUUGAUGAAUCGAGAGCUGCUCGAUGUGUUCGGAACAGAGGCAUCCAGGAAUUUUAAAGGCUUCGUGCCCAAACUGGACCCCCUCUACACCACAGCACUCAGCCCAACUAUGCUUCCGCCUGGAGGGGACGCCAACCUUGGCUGACUUGAGGCAAAAGCUCAAGCGAGACCCCUUUCCCCCUGCCCCUUGCAGAGUUUACCUCAAGAGAAAAUGGACAGACUGGCUGCUCCUGCAGAGUUGUUUGAGGUUUUGUGAAAAUUGACAUACCUGUAACUGAUCAGAUGAAAAAGUUUUAAGCUACGUGUAAAAGGAGGGAUACAGUUUUGGAUGAUAUAAAAGCUAAGGGUUGAAUUACAGCAGGACGUAAUGAAUGUUAAUUUUGUAGCAGUGGAAGAAAACAUACUGACAGUGACUGAACACUCAGAGGUAGCCGGGUUAAUGUAAUAAAAAGUUGCAUAAUAAUUAAUUUGAAAAUAUAAUAGUAAAAAAAUAAAAUAAAAUUGUGGUCUUAAACCAAGGAAA